CGCGGACCGACAGACCGACGGGCCGACGGGCCGACGGGCAGACCGACCGACCGACGGACCGACCGACGGACCCCCCCCCGCCCCCAGAGCCGGAGCCCCAAACCUGUGGAGAAUGAGCCAGGGAGACGCCAACCCCGCAGCCAUCCCUCACGUGGCGGAAGAUAUCCAAGGAGAUGACAGAUGGAUGUCUCAGCACAAUAGAUUUGUCCUGGACUGCAAAGACAAAGAGCCCGACGUCCUCUUUGUGGGGGACUCCAUGGUGCAGCUGCUCCAGCAGAACGAGAUCUGGCGAGAGCUGUUCUCCCCGCUCCACGCGUUGAAUUUUGGGAUCGGCGGGGACACGACAAGGCACGUCUUAUGGAGGCUGAAGAACGGAGAACUGGAGAACAUUAAACCCAAGGUCAUUGUUGUCUGGGUAGGAACCAAUAACCACGAGAACACGGCAGAAGAAGUGGCCGGAGGGAUCGAGGCCAUCGUGCAGCUGAUCAACACGCGGCAGCCGCAGGCCAAAGUCAUCGUCCUGGGCCUGCUUCCUCGCGGCGAGAAGCCCAACCCGUUGAGGCAAAAGAACGCUAAGGUGAAUCAGCUCCUGAAGGCCUCCCUGCCCAAACUGGUCAACGUCCAGCUCUUGGACACAGACGGGGGCUUCGUGCACUCGGACGGCGCCAUCUCCUGUCACGACAUGUUCGACUUCCUCCAUUUGACCGGCGGCGGCUACGCCAAGAUCUGCAAACCCCUCCACGAACUGAUCAUGCAGCUGCUGGAGGAGACCCCCGAGGAGAAGCAGGCCACGCUGGCCUGAUCCGCCCCACGCGCUCUCCGCCUCAUCGGAUCGGGUCGAGCCCUGGCACUCCAGAACCCCCUCCUUCUCUCUCUUUCCCGUUCUCUCUUUCCCUCUCUCUCGUCUCUCCCUCUCUCUCCAAGCACUUUCCAUUGUAGAAUGUUCCCAGCUGUUCAUCUCUAGCUUUGGAGGGCGGAGGUUUAAACUGGUCUCGUACAGAGUAGGUCUGGUUCACCCCAGGAGGGGGUGGAGCCGAGGAAUGGGCAUCCGCUCUGAGCGGUUCUUCGUCAGAAGGGAGAACGGGGACUCUCUCUCUAGCCGUCUGGGCGACAGACUCACGUAUACUCCCUCCCUGCUCUCCCUAGGAGCCUGUCAGCCUGAAUGACGGCCACCCCAAAAACACCCCCUUCUCCCGGCCCACCCUGGCCUGCAGACCAGAUCGUAGGCAGCGGUGGGGUCCGCGGUCACCUGUCCCCGGGCCGGAGACCGCCCCGCUUCCAAUUUGAAAGUUUGUAUUUUAGAUUUCUCGUCUUCUGCUCGAGUGUGCCCUGUUUUGUUGUUGUUUGUUUUUGGGUUUGUUUUGUUUUUGUCUGGUUUUUUUCUUUUUGUUCGGUCAGCAUCCGGGCAGAGGAAAGUUCUCUUUGGAAAUGGGAGCAGGGGUUUAUGUCUCCAUUUAUGUCUCUCUCUCUCUCUCCCUCUCCCCUAAUCUCUGUCUCUUCCCCAUUCUCCCCACAAACGUUCUGUGUGUCUCCUUUUAUAAUACUGUCCCGUUCUUUCUAGAAUUUGGGGAGAGGUGGUGGUGGGGCGGGGGUUGGUUUGGGAGCUCCUGCACAUCAGGUCUCUCGGUGAACUCCAACCUCUGUACGUCCGCCCCCCUCCCCACCACCAUCAUAAUCCGUGUUGAUGUGUGACGUUCCAGGCUCUAACAGUCUUAACGGCUCUGAUGACAGGCGACCCACCCCCGGCCAGCUGCUCCCUGGCGAACGCACCGGCACCUUGUUUCGGUGACGAGGUGCCUGUCCUGUGCUGACACUCCCGGCUCGGCGGUCCCCGCUCAGAAGCCCCGCGACCCUCCCCAAUUUCCGGUCCCUCCCCUCGGCCUGUCACAUCCCCCCUGCCCCGGCCCUCCGGGUGCACGUCUUGUGGUUGCUUCUCGGCGGUUUUUAUUCCAGCAGAAACCGGCCUCUCCUCAUGUAGAAGAAGGGGCCGCGAGAGGCUCUGACUCUGUGAAUCGCCGCUUUCCUCCCCAGCCCCAGCAGCAUUCAGGUGAACGGAAAGGAGCAUGUUUUAAUACUUGGAAGGAGGAGACCCUCACUUCUCCAUAUCUCUCUGGAACCCCACUCCCAGCCACCCAGAAAGACAGACAAAUGUUGUCCACAUCAGACUUCGCCACCCCCACUCCCACACCCCCUGAAUGGGUGGGUGGCGAGGACCCAGAGGAGCAGGGGAGGGUGGGUCCGUGGGGCCUGUACUCUGAGGUCGGCGGCAGUUACUGCCGCUGUCGGCAGGUUUUGGGGGUUGGAUUGGUCUGGGGGUGGCAGAGUUCCGCCGGGAUUGGGUAGGAAUGGACAAAUGGACUGGUUUUCACUUUCUAUUCAAGGAGCCUCCUGGGGCCUCAUUUUGUUUCUUGAGCCUUCCCAGCAUCCUCUCUGGCCUUCCAGAAAGCCCACCUGCUCCCCGCGAGGCUGCCCCGAACCGGAAUUCCGGCGUAUGGAAAAUGCUUGGCAGGUUGGAGCCGCGUCCUCUGAGUUUUGACAGUUGGCUCUUGGCCCUGCCUUCCUCCCGCCGACCCACCAUUUUAGCAAGAAAGCCGGCCGGGGCCCGUACAGAGAUCAGGGGAGAGAGGGAGGGAAGGAAGGAGGGCCGACUUUGCACCCAGGCUUCGCUUCCUGUCACUGAAGGGAUUGCAGAGCGGGACAUAGUCCCCCCACCCCCCACCCCAAUGGCUCUCUACGAGGCGGCUUGGCCCGCAUCCCCUGCUUGGGCUCUCGCUUAUUGUUGGUCUUUUCCCUCCCCACCCUGUGCUCCCGGCGGUCAGCCCGGUGACCACCCACCUCUGCCCCAUCCCUCCCGGGUGGCUUUGGGUGGCCACUUUCCCGUCUGGCUCGUCUCCUCGGACAAAGGCAGCCGCCAGAGUUGUUAGCUGGGAAUCCUCCAAACCUUACCUGCAAGGGGAGGCCGGGCCCACCGCGGAGCUAGGGCCCCGACGCCAUACCGGGAAUCCUCCCCGGGCUCGGGCCUUCAAUUUACCGCUCGGCCUGUGACGGGGACGCCCUGGCCUCCUCCUGCCGGCCCUCCGCCUCUCCGGCUGCAUCAGCCCGAACCGCGGCUGCUGCUGCUGCUCCUGCAGCACCCGGUCUGGUCCGAUGCAUCUCGGAGCCGUGCUGCGGAGGGGCCCCUGCCUCAGUCCCGAGGCCGUGGCCCUCGCGGGGCCAGCCGGGGAAUCCGGCCGAAUUGGACCCGGCUCAUCCUUCCGGAGGCCAAAAACAGCCUCGUGUCGCCCGUGUGUCCCUUGAGUGUUGGCCUGGAGGUUGUGGGUCCUUAGACUGGCUGUGAGCAUCCCCCCGCCCCCCUCCACCUCGGCCCCUUUCUUGUCUCUGGAUCGUAUAUGUAUCUAUAUCUAUAUAUCUACUUAUAGAUCUAGAUAUAUAGAUGUAGGUGUAUAUAUACAUAUAUAUAUAUAUGUAUAAAUCCCUAGUCGCCGUUUACAGUUGUGUGCUGGAGCCCGAAGUAUUGUCUGUCCCGUGGUGUAUGAGCAUUGCCGACUAUUUAUUGCAGUGAUGAAGAAAACGAAACGGUGUGGCUGAGGCCCAGGGACUGCGGACCCCUCCCCAUAUGCAGGAGCCCGGGGCGAGAGUGAGGUGGGGGGUCGGGGCCGGGACAGGGGAACGAAGCUCCGAGGGUCGCACCCCCAGGGCUUCUCCCAGGCAUUUCCUUCUCGGAGGCCACAGCUGCUAGCCGACCGGCCCGCCUGGCCCCGAGAGGAGUUUGCGAUUCCGCCUUGGCACGGUUGCGUCGGCCGGUAGUUGCAUCGACCCACUCUGUUUUAGUGCAGAUUUCAAUAUAAGUGUAAACAUUUCACCCAACCCC